AUGCUGGAUUCUACGAAAGAACCAUUUGUACCACAACCGGCAAUCGUAUUUUCUGGACACAAUGAUCAACAAAAUCAUAUAUCGGCUUUUGAUAUGAAUGAAACAUCACAUUUGGCAUCAAAUAAUUCUACAUUUCCUCUAUCAUUUCAAAAAUCGCCAUCACCAUCAUAUCGAAGUCCAGAAGAAUUAACAAAUAAUUUCUAUAACGUACCAAAAAUUGCCAACAUGAACGAACUGUUAUCAGAUGAAUCAAUAUUUCGUUUUUUUCGAGAUGAUAAUUUCGGGGAAAAUUAUCGAAGAAUUAAUGAAACUUAUUUCUCUCAGGGAAUUGAUGUAGAAGAAAGAACCCCUCAGAAGCCUUUUAUUCAGAAUUCUUUAACCACUGAAUUGCCUCGUACAACAACCGCUGUCAAUAAAAUAUCUGUACAAUCGGCAUCACCAUCUUUAAAAACAUUUGUGGAGCAGACAAGAAAAGUUUUAAAUGAUUCCAUAUCUCAAAAAAAGGACUCGAAAUUAGCGACUGCAUCACCGCUAGCAUUAAAGCAAUGGGAAAUGCAAAGGACCGAUUCCGGUCAAUCGAUCAUCAAAGUUACGACAGUUUCCGCACCCAUUCAGAUUACCGGAAGAGAUGAAUUAUAUCACGUCAGUGCUACUGAAAAUGGAAAUACAAUUGACGAUGAUAAUAGUGGCAGCAAUGAUUUAAGCUCAAAUAACAAUCAAAGAAGAGAAUUCACUAAUUUGAAGGAAAAUCUGUCAUUUCCUUCGGCAACAAAUCAACCAGCAAUUUCUGUCAACAAUAUUUUAACAAACAAUAUACCAAUUUCAGAGGAUAAUUUGCUAUCCACAACUGCUACUAUUGAGACCACUUUUACUACUUGUCCAAAGUUAUUUUCCACAAUUUUAACUCCAUACCAAAACCAAAAAACUCAAUCUACCACAGCAAAAAUCAAUUUGACUAAGGACAUUACUAAUUUUGGAGCAAUAAAAACAACAUCAGCCAGGUCUUUAACAAUAAUGGAGACUACUGAUGCCCAAAAUUUGACAUUGAGCAGAACAUCAUUAUUUCCAGAGGCUGACCAUUCAUCAUUUUCGGUGUUAAAUCUAAAAGCAUCCGGAUUACCGCCAUCAUUGCCCCCAUCAUUAUUAUUUUCACUAUCAUCAACUGUCGAUGAUAAUGAUGAUCUGACAAAAUCUCCAGCGAAAAAUACACUUCCAUCGAAUGAUAAUGAAGGGAAAAUUGAAUCAAAAUUAGAAAACGGUGGGAAAUCAGAAAUAAUAAACAAUACUAAUCUCAAUCGAAACGAGAUAAAUUUAGAUUCCGUAGUGCCAGAAAAUGUUGAGUUUGGAAGAUUGAACCGAAAGAAGAUUGAAAAUGACCUGACUUAUAGUUCAAAUAAACAAUGGCAAAUGGAAAAAGACCAAAUAUUUGGUGAAAGAAUUCCACCAACAACGCCGUUACUGGACAGUAAUCUAAGUUCCGUCGAGCUAUCAUCCAUUUUGGGUAAUCAAAUUGAUGGAGCAUUUAGCAAUUUAAUCCAUCUCGAAAAGCAACAAAUGGGUAUAUCAAUGCCGAAAUAUAAAAAUUCAUUAACUGGAAUAAUCUUUUCUCAAAUACCAAAGCAGAACGGUGUCAACACUGUUGUGAUUGAUACUGGUAGCACCACUAACACAGGCGUUUCGAUCAAACGGGAAAUUACAAAAGGAAAAAUAUUAGAGGAGCAAAAAUCGUUUAUUAAUGGUCACGAUUGGUUAGCAAAUCCUGGAGCCAUAAUACAUGGCGGUAUACAACCACUCCAAGCUGAAAUAUACAGUGUUAAAAGUGAAACUGAAAGACGGAAAGGUCGUCAUAAGCACACUCAAAUGUUUGCCGUACGAUCCAUUUUAAAUGAUACUCGAAUGAAUCAAAAGAGCAAACAGAAAAAAAAGCCGAGAAAAGACAAAAACAUGGCCAUAGAACAGAUGUAUCGGAAAGAAAAAUUGGCCGAAGCUUGUCGCGGUGAUAGCAAAGACUUUAAUGAUAGUAACGAUCAAGCAAGCAAUGUUUUGGUGAUCUAUACCAAAAAGGGCAACAGUUCAGUUGAAAAUGACUUACAAGGUACAGGAAAGUAUCAACAUCCACAGCAGUGCUUUUAUGUGAUCAACAAUUGCGCUCUAUCUGCCACCGCACCAUUUGAACGGCGGAUUGGAAUUAGUUUAAUGGAAUGUGCCCAAUUCUGUUCGAGUUUACUUGGAUGUCUUUCGGCAUCUUAUUCAACACGUUUCGCAAUCUGUGAUACUUAUCAUUUUAAAUUUGAUUUACGAGGAAAAAAAGUGAUGAGAACGGCGUGGCAUUACUAUUUGGAACCACAAACGAGUGAUACUUCGGAAUGUUCAAUGAGUUUUUUUAUAUUAUUAUUUGACUUUAUAUUUUAA